GGUUUGGUUUCCACUUCGCUAGAUAUUUAGAUGACGUGGGAUUCAUAGUAUAUGCAGGAGUACUCAGCAAAGACGGCACGGGCGCAAAGAAAUUGAGAUCGAAAAGUUCCAAAAGACUUCAUGUUCUUCAACUGGACGUCACAAGUGAAAAGGACAUCAAGGAUGUUGUGGCGUACAUCAACGCGAAUACUAAAAGUAACGGUUUAUGGGGUGUUAUAAACAACGCUGGUGUAAAUGUAUUUGGAGACGUUGAAACAACGCCACUGGAUCAAUACGAGAGAUGUCUGUCCAUAAACUUGUAUGGAAUGAUACGUGUUACUCAAAAGGUUCUCCCCUUCAUACGGCAAUCUCAAGGUAGAAUUGUCAAUAUAUCGAGUGUGAUGGGGAGAUACUCAGCCCCCGGGGACAGCGCCUAUCACAUCUCUAAACACGGAGUGGAGUCCAUGACGGAUAGCCUCAGGAUAGAAAUGCGAGCCCUAGGGGUCGGGGUCAGCAUCGUAGAGCCAGGGCAGUAUGACGCCGCUACGACCUGUAGCAAUCCAGAAAUUGUGAAAAUCCGUCGUCAGGAAGUAGACAGUCAGUAGGAGAGGGCCUCAGAGGAAGUGAAGAAUUUCUACGGCAAGGCCUACUUCUAUAGAUUUUUCAAUUCAGACAACAGGAAGAACGCGGCCGAUUCUCCCGAUAGGGUCAUAGAUGCCGUGGUGGACGCCCUCCUAAACGAGAGUCCCCAGGCACGGUAUCUGGUCCCGGGAAGCUCCAGAAUCAUAGAUGUAUAUGCGGAAAUAGCAAGAUUUUAUGGAUUCUUCCCAGAAAUUAUAAGCGAUGCUGUCUUAACAUGGUUCACAGGAUCUCACAAACCGCAGAAAAUAAGAUAGCGAUCGCUAAUUUCAUAUUAAAAGACAUCU